GCAGUCGGGAAAGGUACGGGGAACGGUUAACCAACCGCAGCUCCUGCGGGCCAAAUCGGUCCGCUUUGGACGCUGACGCCGCCGCCGCCGCCGCCGCCGCCAUCGCCAUGCAGAAAUCCGACGUGGGCAACAAGGAGUCCGGCAAGAUCUGGCUCCGGAAGCCCUGCCCGGCAACGCGGGACGGACUCAUAGUGAACAUUGUUCACACUGCUGCAGAGUAUCAGCCGAAGUCCCUCAGGUUUUUGAAUGUGGCUUUUGAUUCUACAGGAGAUGCCUUCAUUGCUGGAGACCACCAAGGAAAUAUAUAUGUUUUUGACCUAAAUGGAAACAGGUUUACCCUUGUACAACGAACAAAUCAAGCUUCUACAGCUCUGGCUUUUAAUCUUCACAGGAAGUCUGAAUUUCUUGUGGCUUUGGCAGAUUAUUCCAUUAAGUGUUUUGAUACAGUCACUAAAGAGCUGGUUAGCUGGAUGAGUGGACAUGAAUCUUCAAUAUUUUCCAUCUCUGUCCAUGCAUCGGGGAGGUAUGCCAUCACCACAUCUUCUGAUACGGCCCAGCUCUGGGACUUGGAUACUUUUCAGAGAAAAAGAAAGCUGAAUAUUAGCCAGUCUGUGGGCAUACAAAAGGUGUUCUUUCUUCCAUUCAGCAAUAUCAUCCUUAGCUGUUUUAAAGACAAUUCCAUCUUUGCCUGGGAAUGCGAUACACUUGUUUGUAAAUAUCAAUUUCCACCACCACCAGCUGGGUCGGAUUUGAAGUACAAAGUUUUUGCUGUUACCAGAGAUGGUCGAAUCUUGGCUACUGGAGGUAAAUCGAACCAUAUUCACUUGUGGUGUUUGGAAACUCAGCAGUUAUUUAGAAUAAUCCAGUUGCCUACAAAAAUCCGAUCCAUUCGCUAUAUAGAAUUUAUUCCUGACAGUUUUGAUGCUGGUUCUAAUCAGAUUCUUGGAGUGUUGGGUCAAGAUGGAAUUAUGAGAUUUAUCAAUAUACAAAACUGCAAACUUCUUUUUGAUAUUGGGACCCUUGAUGAAGGAAUCAGCACAUCAGUAAUUAGUCCAAAUGGGCGAUAUAUUACAUCAGUCAUGGAAAAUGGGAGCCUAAAUGUAUAUUCUGUUCAGGUUUUAACCCAAGAAAUAAAUAAGCCACCUCCUCCUUUAGUGAAAGUAAUUGAAGAUUCAUCCAAGAAGACAGGACCAGGUCAGCUUAAAGUAAGAGUGAUAGGAGGAAAGGUACAGCGACCACGGAAAGCAAAGGAUUGCAAAACCACAACUAGAAUAUUAAGAAACAUGAUGGACACUAACCUUGAAAAUAAAGAGAAUGACCUUCCUGAAGGAUUAUGCAAAAAAAGCUUACAAACUUUAUUGAGAGGCUAUGGAGAAUAUCCAACAAAAUACAGGAUGUUCAUUUGGCGUUCUCUACUACAAUUGCCAGAAAAUUAUUCAGCAUUUAAUAGUCUACUAGAUAAGGGUACUCACUGUGCAUUUCUCAACAUUCAUGAAAAAUACCCCAUCAAGAGUAGGAAAUUACUGAGAAUUUUACAGAGGACCAUGUCUGCCUUAGCUCACUGGUCUGCUAUCUUUGGUGACACUCCAUAUCUUCCUCUGUUAGCAUUUCCAUUCGUAAAAUUAUUCCAGAACAACCAGCUCGUCUGUUUUGAAGUUAUUGCCACUCUCAUAAUUAAUUGGUGUCAGCAUUGGUUUGAAUAUUUUCCUAAUCCACCUAUCAACAUCCUCAGUAUAAUAGAAAAUCUUUUGGCCCAUCAUGACAAGGAAUUGCUGCAGCACUAUAUGAACUGUGGAAUUACAGCCCAGUUAUAUGCAUGGCCCCUCCUAGAAACGGUAUUCUCAGAGGUUCUUACAAGAGAAGAAUGGCUUAAAGUUUUUGACAAUGUCUUUUCUAACCAUCCUUCGUUCCUACUCAUGAUUGUUGUGGCCUACAACAUCUGCUGCAAGGCACCUUUACUUAACUGUAAUCAUAAAGAUGACUUUGAGUAUUUUUUCCAUCAUCGUAAUAACAUGGAUAUAACUGUUGUAAUUCAAGAAGCCUAUCGCCUCAUGCUUUGUACCCCAGCUGAUAUUCAUCCAGAGACCAUGCUUGAUGACUUUAUACCUCUGACAAAAAGCCAAUACCCAGUCUUUAAUAAGUAUCCCAAAUUCAUCGUGGACUAUCAAACUCAAGAACUAGAAAGGAUAAGGAAUGAUGAACUGGAAUACUUAAAGGAGAGGCAGGCAGUACAUGAAGUGGAAGCUGAAAUAAUGCGACAGAAAGAUGAAGACCAAGUUUGGUACCAAAAACAGAAGUUGUUGCGUGAGGCUGAGGACAAGAGGAGGGAUAUUCUUCUGGAAGAGGAGAAGAAGCUCGUAGAACAAAGAGAUAGACUAGUUGCCGUGAAAAGAGAUCUGAAAUUAAAAGAAAUACAGCUCCUUAAUGCUUCAAGAAAGCGUUUUCUGCAGAAUCAGCUGGAUCACCGUGAAAUGGAACUGAGAAGACUAGAUGAUGAGAUUGAAAGAAAGGUAUCUUUGAGAGGUGAAGAAGUUGAAACUAUAGCCAAAGAAGUAGGAUUACAAAAGUUAGAAAUUGAAACUCAAAGAAGAUUCUUGGAACAGCAACUUGCGAAAAAUGAGAAAAUUGCUUCACAAGAAAUAAAAGAAGGUCUCAAUAACUACAGAAGAAAGGUUGACCUGGAAGAACGCAGAUUUCAUAAAGCUGUUGAACGGGAUGAGUGUCACAGCCUGAAAACACACAAGUUGGUUGAAGAAACUUUGGCAAACGCUGAACAAGCAUGCAUUGAUACUGACUGGCAAAUCCAAGUUUUACUUAAAAGAAAAUUUGAUGAGGCAGAACGCAAAGAACAUUAUGAAGAGAUGGCCAGACUUCUUCGGAACAACAGAGCUAGAGAAUUGGAUACAUUAAGUGCAUUGAAGGGGUUGGAAAUAAAAAAGGGGAAAGAAGAUGAAUAUCCUUUGCAGACAUCACAUUCAAUUGCUGCUUCAUGUAAUCGCGAGAGAAGGGAAUGUAUUAAUAUUGAUACAGAUGAUCACCCUCCAUACCAGGAUGACCGCUUUGAGAGACUUCAGGAGAUAAAGGCCAAAAGUCCACUGAAACCUGUUUCUUCAACAAUCCUGUCUGAAGGCCAUCUCAAUUAUAUUCCUAGGAUUGAUCUCGAAACACACUUUUUUUUAGAUCGAAAACGAGAAGAGUUGGAAAAAAAAGAACAUGAACUAAUGUCAGAAAUAAGGAACCUUCGCCACAAGCAUGCCCAACAGGCUCGUCAGAGAUACCAUAUACCUUCUUCCCACCACUAUCGUGAUACAGAUCUACUAAUUACCUGAAAUAAACUGAUAUACCUGUUUAUUUUGCAAAGAACCUGAUUUUAGAUCAUUUUGAAUUAAAGAGAAAUAAUGUACGCUUCAUGUAAGCUUUGGCAGUUUACUUGUAAAUAGUUUGUUGUGCUUUUUGAAAUAAAAAUCAUCUUUUUUUUUUUUAUUUUAAAAACAUUAAA